CUAAGGCCAGCGGGAGCCGAACAGGCUUUAGGGAGCGGUUCUGGGUUCGGCGAUCCGCUUGUCCGUCCAGCCCUGGUCUAGUCACCUCCCGAAGCAAGGAUGCUCCUGGGAUUUCGGAGAGGCCGCAAGAGCCAGUUUAAACACAUCGUCCAUGGCCUUCUCCCUGCAGCCAGCAUCGCACCGAAGCCAGCCGUGCCCCGCACACCUCCUCCCCGCAGCCCCAACCCCUCUCCAGAGAGACCCAGAUCUGCUCUGGCUGCAGCCAUCCUAGCAACUACAUUGACUGGCCGGACCAUUGCCAUUCCUCAGCCUCGCCGUAGAUCCCGGUCCGAGAGUGACACCACCUACGUAGAAAAGGACGAUUUCAUCGAGCCCUAUGCCACCACCUCAGAGCAUCAGCUCCAACCAAACUGGCAGAGCGAGAAGGGAAGAAGAGCUUCUGUGCCGUCCUUUGAAAUGCUGGGCUACGGGGAGGAAGAGGAUGCCGACACCCACCUGUCAUCCAGCUACAAGGAGUCGGAGGAUGGCAGUGUUUGCAAAGAGGGAGGCCCCGGCGGUGCCGUGUACGCCGUGCCGCACAGAAAUCAGGUUCCGUUGUCACAUGGGGUGAACAGUGAAGAUGAGGAAAAUAUUUCUGAGCCAGAUGGGUUUCCAGGCUCACCUCUUACACCUCAGCGUACACAAGAAAAAGAUGGUAAACAUUCUCUUCUGAAUUUAAAGGAUGAAAAGCCACCAUUAUGUGAAAAGCCUCCACCCUCCCCAGACGUAACUGGUAGAAUGCGUCAAAGACGUAUAGAAAUAAACAACGAAAAGUUCGAGGAAUUAAAAGAAGAAAAUUUGCAUCUAAACAAUACAAAUCAAACCCUUGUUCUUGAACUUAGUAUAAUCAAACAAGCGCUGAAAGAGCUGCAGUUGAAACUGAAGAGGAUGGAGAGGGACGAUGGGGCGCUGAGAGAGGCUGAGGCGGCGUGCUCGCAGGAAGUAGUUGCUGUGCCUGAAUUACUUCAUCUAAGAAAACAAGCUCAGGAACUGGUGGAUGAAAAUGACGAGUUGAAAAUGACUGUCCAUCGUUUGAAUGUAGAACUGAGUAGAUAUCAAACAAAAUUCAGGCAUUUAUCCAAGGAAGAGAGUUUAAAUAUUGAAGGCCUCCCAUCAAAGGGCCCUACGCCGCCCUGGUUGUUGGAUAUGAAGUACCUGUCACCCUUGUUGCUGGCUUAUGAAGACAGAAUGAAAGAGAAGGACGAGCUCAAUGCCACCCUCCAGGAGGAAAUGAGGAUGUUUAGGAUGCGAGUCCAAGAAGUGGUGAAGGAAAAUGAAGACUUGCACCAAGAGUUAAAUAGGAGUAGUCCCGUUACCAGAGAGGAAUGGCAUCAGCUUCAGACUCAAGCAGGACUGGUUUUAGAGGAAAACAAGUUGCUGAUAGAGCAGUUGGAGCUUCAGCAAAGAAAAGCCCAGGACACCCACCAGGAGCGUCUGCAGGAAGUUUCUAAGCUGACUAAACAGCUAAUGCUUCUGGAAACUAAAACGCAGAGCCAGGAAAAGGAGCUAACCGGAAACAAGGAGCAAUUGGAAAUGUUACGUAACAAAUGCCAAGAACUGAAAACACGCUUGGAUGGCAAAAUUGCAAUGAAAGUUCAUGCUUCAAUCGUAAAUGAAUUAAAAAGCCAGUUGCAGAAGGAAGAAGAGAAAGGCAGCGCUGAGAUGGAAGAGCUGAUGGAAAAGUUGGUGGUCCUUCAAGUGCAGAAAAAGAGCCUGCUGUUGGAGAGGAACAGUCUGUCGGCCAAAAACAAAGCGCUGGAAGCCGAGCUCCGAAGGGCACAGAAAAUAAAUAGGCGAUCUCAAAAGAAAAUUGAUGUCCUCAAAAAGCAGGUGGAAAAAGCCAUGGAGAACGAAAUGUCCGCUCACCAGUACCUGGCGAGUCUCGUCGGCCUGGCGGAGAACGUAGCCCAGGAACGUGACGGCCUCAUGUACUUGGCUAAGUGUUUAGAAAGUGAGAAGCAUGGAGUUCUCAACAAAAUCAUAGAAGGCAACAUUCGCUUGGGAAGGUUAGAGGAAAAAGUCAAGGGCUACAAGAAGCAGGUGGCACUGAAGCUGGGUGACAUCAGUCACCACCUGACAGAGCAGGAAGAGGACUUUGCCAGCAGGACAGCUCAGUACCGGCAGGAGAUGAGGCACCUCCAUCGGAUGCUGCAGGACAAGCAGGAUGUCCUGGACGAGGCGCUGCAGCAGAAAAGAGAAAUGGAAGGCGAGCUUGAAGUUGUCUGGGAGUCCACCUCCAAAGAAAACCGAAGGAUCCGGGAACUUCUCCAGGCCACGCUGGAGAGGACAGGCCUGCGGGAUGACACCGGAGCUUUCGAGGACCCCCGCCUCAACGGCAGCCCGCUGGGCGACGUGCUGGAUGGCUGCAGCUUCAGCUAUUGUGACCUGGAGCCGCCUCCCGCCCCCCACCAGAGCCUGCGGGAGCCCCCACACUAGGGCCGCCUGGCUGGGAGGCCUGCCUGCCACCGCUGGAGGGCCAGCGCCACCUCCCACAGCAUGUUCUCCUCAGGGAAAGGAAGCCAUCAGCUAUCCCAGACAUUGAAUCUGCUUUUAUAUUUUGCUUUGUUUUUAAUAAUGUGCUGCUGAACUAUUUUUUAGCCAGUGCAUACCCUCUGGCAACACUGCCACUGAGAUGGGCUCUGUGAGACCCACUGCUCAGGUUAACAGGUGACCGGAUGAGCUGGCCUGUCCCUGGGCUCCUAGCUCUGCAGCUGGGAAGGCAGAGGGAGCGGGCGGGCGGGCCGUGCUCUCGUCCUGGGUGUUAGAUGAAGAAGUUGAGUUGGACGAGCCAUCGCUCAGUGGAGGCUGCAGUGUGCUCUCUGUGCAUGCAUCAGCUCUAGCUGGUCUUUUAUUGUUUGGUAAAAAACAUGGUGCUGGGCCUCAUGCUCCAGUAGGUUGCACAAACCCUGCUCUCCCCUCUCCCUCAGCCCUUCUCUAUCUUCCUAGGAAGGUAAUUUUUCUGGGGUCACAUAGCGCAUCCCCGCCGAGAGCGCUGACUUUGAGCACCAAGGUGGGGUCCCUGUCCCACUGCCACCACCGAGAAGGAUGCCAGGGCCAUGGUUCUGCUCCACACUGUGCCACCUCCCCAGGAAGAUUAUCCCAGCCCCUCAGGACCAUUCACUGGGACUUCCUGAUGGUAAUGCCAGCUGUCUAGGGCUGCCCGUCCCCAGCAUGCUGGAAGAACACAGGGACAUCAGGCUACAAAGGGCUUAAACAGUGGGUGGGAGCGUAGAAUCCUGGGAUGCAUCCUCCUACGAAACCCCUGUGAGCUAAGGCCUGCAUGGUGGCAGGUGUGCUGUUAGCACUGGUCCUUGGUCAUGGAUGAAAGUUAGGCACGUUGCCUUUGAUUGCUAGAUGGGAAGUUGAGAUAGAAAAUCAUAGUUCUUUUUACAUUUUAUUAAACUCGUUCAACAGUUAAACAAUUCUC